AUGCCAAAUUCUAAAGCAAAACCCAGUCCUUCGGAGGGCCGUCGCGACCGUCUGACGCUUGCGAAACUGGCUAGUUAUGAUGAUGUCGCAACAGAUGCGCUGGUUGACCGGGCCUAUUUCUGGACCAACACCCGAAAGAACCGAGCCAAGUACAUUCCCAUGCGGGGCAUCCAAGACGACGACAUCGGCCGUCUCCUCCUCCACGAUGUGAUUGUCGCCAAGAACGCGCCCAAGGCUGAGAAGGAAAUACUGGCGAUGACGGGAAUGAAGAGGUUUAUGGCGAAGCUACCGAACGAUCGCGAGCGAGAAUGGUUCCGUCGACACCUGCGCAAAUACAUCCAGAUGUACCUCCCGGACUCCCCAUUCGAGGUUAUGACGACGAAUCGCUACACAAUUACGGUGCACGAAGCCGCGAUCUGCGCCCGGAAGUUCAUCAAGAAGGGUCAGGAGGUGAAGUACCUCAGUGGGACGCUGGUGCCGAUGACCGCGGAAGAAGAACGGGACUUGGAUUUGACGCGCAGGGAUUUCAGUAUUGUGAUGUCGAGUAGGAGAAAGAGUCCGUCAUUUUUUCUGGGACCGGCGCGCUUCGCGAACCAUGACUGCAACGCUAAUGGGCGGUUGGUGACCCGCGGGACAGAAGGAAUGCAGGUCAUGGCUACGCGAGACAUUCAUGUUGGGGAGGAGAUUACGGUUUCGUAUGGAGAAGACUAUUUUGGUGUGGAUAAUUGCGAGUGUCUCUGUAUGUCGUGUGAACGGGCUCUUCGGAAUGGAUGGGCUCCGCAAGUGGACACGGAUGCGCAAAGCCAAGCCUCAAUCCCGCCAUUGCACGACGAUGACGGUUCAACUGAUGGCUUGCUUUCACCAAAAAAGCGCAAAGAUGCACCAGACACUGAUUCAGAUAAAUCUGGUGUUUCCACGUCUCGAAAACGAGCCAAGUUCAACCGGCCAUGUUCCAAGCUGAGGUCUGAAGUAUGUCUCUCCGAAGCUACAGAUUCAAUUGAGACUGCUAUGAACGAGGUGCCUAGUGAACCAUUGGUCAAUGGAAUAUACCCCGAAGUUACGAUUACCAAGUGUGAAGAAACCAGCGAUGUUACUGGGAACACCAACCUCAACCCGGCCACGGAAGCAGGCGCACACUCGUCUUCUACUACUGACUGCGAUUCUCCAACGUCUCUUGCGGCAGAUGAUUUUCAUCGCUCUUCAGCAUCAACAGCGGCAACUUCGGUAUGCGAAGUUCCCGUUCAUGUAAAAACCGAGGAAGACACAACAACACCAAAAGCAGGAGCGACUCUCGAGAUCACUGCGGAUAAUAUCGAACGACACCUGUUGAACGGUGUCAAAGACGAGCCUUCCGAAUCAUCCACCUCCCUCGAGCCAGAAACCGAAGAAAAGCAAGACGAACCCGCCCCCGAACAGCGCAAAAAGCGAAAAUACACUAAAAGAAAAUGGAUUAUCCCAUCCGUCGAAGCCGUCUCACGCGCCAGAACCCCAGGCGACUACACAAAAACCCACCUCCUCCUUGCCCAACCUUACGACCGCUGGGUUGACUGCCACACCUGCAACGCCUGGUUUGUGCAAAAAGACUCUUAUCAGACCCGUCGUGAAUGUCCCCGCUGCGAGCGCCACUCUAUGCUGUACGGCUUCCGCUGGCCGAAAACCGACAGAGAAGGUAACUCGGAUGAUGAAGAGCGCGUCAUGGAUCACCGGACUAUUCACCGCUUCCUGUAUAGAGAGGAAGAGGCGCAGAUUUCGCGGAAGGACCGGGGUGUUAGUUCUGGGAUUACGCCUACGCCGGAGUUAUCAGAUGCGAAGGCUGAGACGGAGGAGGGUAGCGAUGUGAGUGACGAGAAAAGGAAUACGAGAGCGAGUAGGAGGAGUACUCGUGGACUGAGGAUCACUAUGUGA